AUGACUUCACAUAUAGAGACAGUAACCGCACUCAAUAUGUUAUGUCCGUGUUGUUUCUUGAAAAUGUAUAGCUUGAAAAUGCAGAGUUCAAAAUUAGACGGCAUAUGACGGAGGAGCUCACUGCCGGAAGAGAAGAGCAUGUUUCCCCGACCUCCUUCUGAGUACCCGUCGCGUUUUUUAAGCGAGGAAGGAGAAAAUUGCACCAGAGGACAGUUUUUCCGAAUUCAUUGUGGUUAAGAGACUUCUGUGUUCAAUCCGAGUCGACUCGUACUGAAAAGAGAUUCAGGGAAGUCGUAGGUCCAAUCCGAACCGACUAACAUCAUCACCAAGCGACUUCUGUGGUUCUUCGAGAGGGGUGCGGACCCGGAGGCACCCUUGAAGGGAUGAAAGGCUUUACAGAGACAGAAAAUAGAUGACUAGUAACUAGUAAUGAGUUUGAUGUCGAAACUGGUUUUGUUAGAAGCUUUAUGAAAU